AUGUCGUCCAACAAACGGGGAAAUAUCUUUGGCCAGGGAAAGCCUGAGCGCCCCUACGAAGAGCGCGAAGAUGUCGCGGAUGUGCCCCAGAAGGCAACAGCAGCACAGUUAGCAUCUCGCAAAAUCAAGACCGCGAAAGCCCGUCGACCAGCAGGCGCUUCCUCCGGUCUCUCACAGAGCGCAAACUUUGGCGCACCACAACAGAACGCCUUCAGCUUCGGUGCCUCCGCGCCCGCCCCCGCGAACAACGGCGCGAACGGCUUCGGUAGCAACAAUGCUUUCGGCGGCGGCGCGACUAAUAGCUUCCCACCCGCGCAGCCAGCUGCCCCUAGCAACACUUUUUCAAGCUCAUCCUUCCCAGCUUUUGGAGGUAGCAACCAGGGCACAGGCUUCAAUCCCACACCGCCAUCGUCUGCGGGCUUCAACUUCACAGCUGGAGGUGCAAACCCGUUUGCGAACGCGAACUCGGCACCUGCGACCAACGGAAACACGCCUGCGCCAGCCUUCGGAGGAUCGUCUAUAUUUGGUAACGAUGCUUCAACACAGGGGAAUCCCUUUGGUGGCCUAGGCCAGAACAGCACCACGAGCUCGGCGCCCUCGGGCGGCAUGUUCGGUACUACCAGCUCAACUCCCUCCGGAGGAAUGUUUGGAACAUCCAGCGCCGCGCCGUCAGGAAGUAUGUUCGGUACAUCGAGUGCUGCACCAACAGGAGGCAUGUUCGGAACAUCAAGCGCCGCACCUUCAGGCGGUAUGUUUGGGACGUCAAGUGCUGCGCCCUCUGGUGGUAUGUUUGGAACCUCGAGUGCUGCCCCCAGUGGCAUGUUUGGCACUACGAGCGGCGCCCCGAACGCUACGAGCACUCCCGCUCCUGCAUCUACGCCCUUCACAUUUGGCGCCUCCACUACGUCAGCCUCGAACACGGCAAGCACACCAGCCACGAGCGGCCUGUUCAGCGGGUUUGGCAACUCAGCACAGCCAGCGGCGUCACAAACAAGCACGUUCACGUUCGGUGCUAAUGCGCAGAAGGAAGAGGCGCCCAAGCAGUCGCCUGCGCCCGCAAACAACAUCUUUGGUGGCUUCGGUUCCAACGCACAGAAGAGCGAGAGCAACUCAGAGACUCCGAAGCAAAGCAAUCCUUUCGGGGGUUUGGGUACAAGCGCGCAAGGCACGCCAAAUGCUACCGCGACCGCUCCGGCAUCGAAUCUGUUCAACUUCAGCGCAACUGCACAGAAGUCUGACAGCGCAACAUCGACUGCACCCUCGACCAACCUUUUCGGAACCACAAGCUCUGCCCCUAGCAAUCCGUUUGCGAAUCUCCCAACAACAGAAAACAAAUCCUCCACUGAAACAGCAGGUACAUCAUCGAACUUAUUCGGAAGCCUUAAGAAACCUGAGGAGUCUCGCAGUACAGUAUCGACAGAUGCGCCCAAACCAAAUCCAUUCGCUGCACUUCCAAAGCCGGACGACACGCCUGCUGCAACAGGUAGCAGUUCCGGAUUUAGCCUAUUUGGUGCGAACAAGGAUAGUGGUGCAGCAACAGUGAAAGCUCCCGAAGCACCAAAGUCCAGCCUGUUCCAGCCAUUCAGCACACCGCAGCCGGCAAAGACGACCGACGUGGAGAAAUCACAGGGCGGAAUGUUCACUGCAGCUCAACCCAAGACUAGCUCUGGUAUCUUCUCUCAGACAUUUCAACCCGAGAACAACAACUCGAGCAACUUGUUCAAGAAGCCACAACCAACUUCAGAAGCGCCCAAGGCCACGCCCACCCAAUCCACCGAGGCUUCCAACCCCUUCGCCUCUUUGUCCAAGCCUUCCACCGAUCGCCCCAACUUGUUCAGCGCUUCAAAGGAACUUUCGCAACCCUCUCCUGCGCCCGCCCUGUCAAAUCUCAACGGAGAUUCGCAAGCACUCGAGAUGCCCAAGGUCCCCAAGGUGCACGUUCCGAAGGAGUGGGCUGUUCCAGGUGCCAUUCGUGCACAAAGCAGCGAUGGCCUACUGAAGCAAAUAUCUGAUUUGACCGCCCAACUUCAGGUGUUGAACGACAAGUACCGACACCAGCUAAGCAGCCUUCCCCUCACAGCGGAUUGGUCGAGUGUGUCUCUCUGGCACUACCAACAUGCCGCGGAUAUAAAGAAGAAGAUUGAUAACGCGAAGAAGCAACGCGCAGCUGCACGAGGCAUCACUGGCAACGAAUCAAGCCUGUCUACGAAGCGCAAGGUCAGCGACGAGAGCCCCGAAGUCCGUCGUGACCCAUCUCCCUCCAAGCGAGCUCGCGCAACCGAAGCGCCUUCCAGUCCAACUCCUCAGUUGUCGGGUUCUACGCCGAAGCUCAGUGCGCCAGCAACAGCAACAUCGAACAUGUUUGCCAAGGCAAUCGGUAACAAGCCUUCUACACCUGCGGCAACAUCAUCGACAAGUCUCUUUGCGCCAAAGACGGCCGAGAAGCCCGCUACGGAACCCUCAAAACCAGCUGCACCAACUACAGGAUUCGUCUUCACACCGUCAGCGCCGACUGCUAACGGUGCAGAGACCUCCGGCUUCAAGCCAAGCUUUGGUGGCAGCUCCACAGGUACCUCAGCCUCUACUGGAUUCAAGCCAAACUUCGGUGGUAGUUCGACCAGUACAUCGGCUUCUGCUGGGUUCAAGCCAAACUUUGGUAGUGCUCCAGCGGGUGGCUUCAUGGCCCAGUUCACCAAGACCGCAAAGACUUACGAGGAGCUGGCCGCAGAACGCAAGAAGAAGGCUAUGGAUGAGGACUACGAUUCCGACGAUGAAACCAAAGAGGAAUGGUCUGCUAGGUACGACAAGGCUGAGGCUGAGCGCCUCGCUAAGGAGAAGGAGAUUGCCGCCUCAACUAAAUUUGUCCUGCCUGGUUCUGAACCAGCUGGUAGCACGUCGCCGAAAGACAAUCCGUUUUCUGGUUUUUUGAAGCCUAAGAGCGAUGCACCUGCUCCAAAAGCUGCCAGUCCCGCGCCAUCUGCAGGUAGUCAAUCAGUUUUCGAUGCUUCUGCCUCGCAAACGUCAUCGCCCAACAUUUUCGGCCAUCUGUCAGGAGCAUCAUCCAACAACCAAGAAGAGUCUGACGAAGAUGAUGCCGAACAACAAGACACUGUUGGCUCAGCAGAUCCAGCUACGCCUACACAACGCGCAUUUGGCGAGUCGGAGACAGAGUCUGAAGACACCCAGAAGCAGGAUACAGCUCCCAAGGGCAGUUUACUCUCAAGGAUAACCAGAGAUAAUGACUCCGAAUCAGAAAAGGAGAAUAGUGGCGCCUCUUCCAUGUUUGGCCAAACCAACGGUACUACCACUCCGGCCAACAAGCCCUUCCAGUUCUUUGACUUUGGUGCUGCAUCCAAGACAGCGCCACCAAAGUCCGAUACGUUUGCUGGCGAUCAGACCUUCAAGGUCGGUACUCCGAUCAAGUUUGGCGGAGCUCCCGCUACUGAGAAGAAGGACGGUCCAAAAUUCAACUUCCAGCCUGCUACACCUGCAGCGGGCGAGUUCUCAACCACGCCAGCGAAGCCACCACCUGCCUCGAUUUUCAACUUCGCUCCGUCAACAGGUGGAUCGUCCCUUUUUGCACCGUCAGGUGGCAACUCUGUGACCUCGUCUGUGUUUUCUUCGCGCGCUGCCACGCCUCUAUCUGAAGCUGGUGAGACUACUGCAGCAUCUGCAGCAGAGGACGACGAAGAAGGUGGCAAGCAAGAACAGAUUGACUUGACCAAGUUGACUGAAGACGAGCUUGAAACUUACGACAUUAUCUUCCAUACCGAAGUCGUACUCGCCAAGCACCAAGAGGGAGAGAAGGGUUGGACGAACAUUGCCAAGGGCCCUUUUUGGAUUCUCAAGGACAAGCAAACGGGCAAGUGCUCUGUUCGAGUCCGUAUCCCGAGCGGCGCCACACCGCUCAAUUACCAGAUUCUACCCGCGCUGCCCGCCACUGUCACCGGUGGUAGCAAGAAGAUGGUCAUGGCGACCAAGCCCGCCAAGGAAGGCGGCUUGCAGUCCGUUCUUUAUGCUGUCAAGACGCCUGAAAUUGCACAAGAAUUGGCAGCGAAGUACACGGAGUCGGUUCCUAAAUCACAGUAG